GAUAUAAAAUAUUCCAAAGUUGCAGAUAACAAUUAACGGGGGUAGAAUAAUUAAAUAUAUAUCAUUAAAUGUUUUUUUUUUUUUUUUUUUGACAGAUCAUUAAAUGUUUUUAAAAAGAAAAAUGCAUCACUUUUAAAAGUUGGCCUACCAUAGAAAGUGUGAGUAAUUUUACUACAAAAGCUAAGUUGCCUAGCUAGCUUUUGCUACAAUUCAUGUCCAAACUUAUAAUUUCUCUCCUCUCUUUUGAGAUUGAGCUCAUACAUGUUUGGGAUUGAGCUCAUACAUGUAGUAUCAUUUUGUUUAGUUACACAAUAUCUAAUCACGUAUAAAAUGUGGAGGUUGAAGAUAGCACAAGGGACAAAUGAGCCAUACUUGUACAGUACCAACAACUUUAUGGGGCGCCAAACUUGGGAGUUUGAUCCCAACUAUGGCACCCCCGAAGAGAGAGAGGAGGUUGAAAAAAUUCGCAGUAACUUCUAUGAAAAACGCUUUCAAAUUAAGGCUUGUGGUGAUCUCAUUUGGCGCCAUCAAUUCCUACGUGAGAAAAACUUCAAGCAAACAAUACCUCAAGUGAAGGUGGAGGAUGGGGAGGAGAUCACACUCGAAGCCGCCUCAACGACGAUGAAGAGAGCUGCGCGUUACCUUAUAGCUUUGCAAGCUGAGGAUGGCCAUUGGCCUGCUGAUACUGCUUUUCCUCUAUUUCACAUCCCUCCUUUGGUAUUUUGCUUAUACGUAACAGGACAUCUAAAUUCUAUUAUCUCAGCUCAACACCGAACAGAAAUUUUUCGUACCAUUUACAAUCAUCAGAAUGAAGAUGGAGGUUGGGGAUUUCAUUGUGAAGGACCUAGCACAAUGUUUUGUACCGUGCUCAAUUACAUUUGUUUGCGGAUGCUUGGUGUAGGACCUGAUGAAGGUGAUCACAACGCGUGCCCUAGAGCUCGCAAAUGGAUCCUUGACCAUGGCAGCGCUACACUUAUUCCUUCCUGGGGGAAAACUUGGCUCUGUAUACUUGGUCUAUAUGAUUGGUCCGGAUGUAACCCAAUGCAACCCGAGUUAUUUCUUCUUCCAACCUUUCUUCCAAUGCAUAAGGUAAAAAUGUGGUGCUACACUCGAAUGGUGCUAAUGCCAAUGUCAUACUUAUAUGGAAAAAGGUUUGUGGGUCCAAUAACACCACUAAUUAAGCAACUUAAAAAAGAACUCUACAACGAACCCUUUGACCAAAUUAGUUGGAGGAAAGCUCGUCAUUCCUGUGCUGCGGAAGAUCUCUUUUACCCUCACCAGUUGAUUCAAGAUUUGAUUUGGGACACAUUACAUUACUUUGUGGAGCCUUUCUUUACUCGGUGGCCCCUAAACCAGUUAGUUCGAAAGAGAGCUUUGGAGGUUACUAUGAAGCACAUUCAUUACGAAGACGAAGACAGUAAUUACAUAACACUUGCAUGUGUGGAAAAGGUGCUAUGUAUGUUGGCAUGUUGGGUGGAAAAUCCCGAAGGAGAUGAUUUCAAGAAACAUCUUGCUAGAAUUUCGGAUUAUAUAUGGAUAUCCGAGGAUGGAUUAAAAGUGCAGGGUAUUGGGAGCCAACAAUGGGAUUGUGGACUAUCUGUCCAAGCAUUGUUAGCUUCAAAUCUGGGCCUUGAUGAAAUUGGACCUGCUUUAAACAAAGCUCACUUCUACAUCAAAGAGUCACAGAUAAAGAAAAAUCCAUCUGGAGACUUCAAAAGUAUGUAUCGUCACAUCUCGAAGGGAGCUUGGGGAUUCUCUGCUCCAGAUCAUGGUUGGCAAGUUUCUGAUUGCACUGCUGAAGCUCUUAAGUGUUGCUUAAUCUUAUCAACGAUGCCCCCUGAAAUUGUUGGAGAAAAGAUGGACACUAAGCAUAUUUUUGAUUCCGUCAAUUUCUUGCUUUCUUUACAGAGUAAAAAUGGAGGGCUUACUGCCUGGGAGCCAGCAAGAGGUUACAAAUGGUUAGAAGUUAUUAACUCAACAGAUUUCUUUGCCAAUGUUAUCGUUGAGCACGAGUACGUAGAGUGUACGAGUUCGGUAAUACAAGCUCUAGUAUUGUUCAAGAAGUUAUAUCCAAGCCAUAGGAAGAAAGAGAUUGAAACUCUAAUCACAAAAGCUGUUGAAUACCUUGAGAACUCUCAAUUUUCUGAUGGAUCUUGGUACGGAAAUUGGGGAAUUUGCUUCACGUAUGGGACAUUUUUUGCUCUUAAAGGGCUAGCCGUGACAGGAAAGACAUACGAUAAUUGUGCAGCCAUUAGAAAGGGUGUUGAAUUUCUUCUCGCAACACAAAUGGAGGAUGGUGGCUGGGGUGAGAGCUACCUUUCAUGUCACAAGGAGAAACUUGUGCCACUUCCAAAAUCCAAUUUGGUCCAAACUGCGUGGGCUUUGAUGGGUCUACUCCAUGGUGGGCAGGCAAAUAGGGACCUUAGUCCUCUACACCGUGCAGAAAUUACGGGAACGUCCUUGAAGACGUGCAUAUUAAAUUAUCCAUUGUACAGGAAUUAUUUCUCAUUGUGGGCACUUGCUGAAUAUAUCAAGAUUGUUCCAUUACCUUCAACCAACUCUGUUUAA